CGUCCAAAACCACGACAGUGUGUUCCGUCCCGCGCUACAAUGAUCUGCCUGUUUCUGUCCUUGUUCGCUCAGGUCUUCCAGUCAGGAUGGACGGGCCAGAAUGAGCGCACCUUCAUCGCCGUGAAACCAGAUGGAGUCCAACGAAGACUGGUGGGCGAGAUCGUGCGGCGUUUUGAGAAGAAAGGCUUCAAAUUGGUGGGCCUCAAACUUAUGAAGGCGUCUGAGGAACUCCUCAGGGAGCACUACUGGGACCUGAGGAGUAAGCCCUUCUUCACCGGCCUGAUAACCUACAUGAGCUCUGGUCCAGUUGUUGCUAUGGUAUGGCAGGGUUUGGGCGUGGUGAAGACUGCAAGGAAGAUGAUGGGUGAGACCAAUCCUGCAGACUCACUGCCGGGAACCAUCCGGGGAGACUUCUGUGUGGAGGUGGGCAGGAACGUGAUCCACGGCAGCGACUCGGUGGAGAGCGCCCAGAAGGAGAUCUCUCUGUGGUUUCGACAGAAUGAGCUGAGCCUCUGGGAGCCCAGCAGCAGCCAGUGGCUCUACAACUGACUGAGGUGUGCUCCGUGUGGCGACGCCGCUCCCAACGGAAACUCCUGCUUCCCAUUCUUUCACGUGUGUUCAUCAAUUCAAGACGUUACCUCAGACAAAUAUCCGUUAGCUUCCGAAACAUGUAAAGGGUUCUUUAUUGCCGUGUUGGUUUUCUCUUUAUGGUAUUUCUUUCUUUCUUUUUUUUCUUUUUUUAAUCUGUCUGAUGGCUGGGCGGCUCUUUCAAGCAAAACUGCACUGAGCAAUAAUAUGAUCAGAAACAUGAUCAGGUCAAAUUGUGUUUACAUUGUAGCAUCUCACACCAAAAACACUAAGCUGUGUUCACUUUUCAAGCAAUAAACUGACGUAAACUCAAGAUCCAGUGUGCAGGAUUUAGCGGCAGGUUGUAAAAAUAUUAGACAUCCGUCCAGUUCUCCUGUUCUGUAGGAAAACCUAUGAAACACUUUGAAAAAUGUUGGUGCUACACGACGGGCUCCAUGGAAGAGGGUUUAUUCUCUUUAGAGUUUAAGAUCUCCUCUUUACAGUAGCAGUCCUGCUUAAAAUAUGAGGAAGGAAUUUCGGAUUUUAAGGUUCCCUCCUAAAUGCUACACACUGGUCUUCUGGUUUUUAUUAGAAGGUACAGGAAACUUUGCUAAUGCGGUGUGAACAAAAGAAAAAUGUUCAGUCUCACUCUCUUAAAUACCUUUCAAACACUGUUAACUCUGUAGAAAUACUCCCCCCAUGUGAAUGUUAGAAAAUGCAUUUGGUGGUUCCUUAGAGGAUCUUGCAGCUGUAUUAGUAUAUUGAAGGUUUUUGUUUUUUUUUGGAUCAAUUUCAUGUGAUGAUGGAAAAAUAUGACUAAGAACCUCUUUACAGAUGUAUCCUGGAUCCAUUUUGGAGCUCUAAAUGCAGAUGGUGUGGCUGCUGAUAAACAUAUUAUUUGUUGCUGAGCGUGCUAAAACAAAGAAGCCAUUUUCUGGUGCUUCAGGGCAGAACGCUGCCUGUUCAGUAGGGACAUGCGAUACCACUGACCUCCUUUCCAUUCUGGUAAGAAGUAGAGCUACGAGUAGUAUCAUUGAUGCUUUGUAACUAAAGUCUUCUGAUAGAAUAGAUUAGAUUUGAUUAAUCUCAAAGUGGAGAAAUUUACAGGUGCAAGAGGCUUGUAGAACAUACAGGGGUGCAAAAAGUAACGAAAGGUACAAAUAAAGAAUAAUAGUGACAAUCGUAAUCGCGAUGAUACUAGAAAACUAAAACAAGGAAGAUCUAACUGUACAACAUGAAUCUGAAAAUAUAACAAACUAUGAAAUGUGGUAAAUGGAUUAUAUAAAGAAGAUAUGAAGUUAUAAAGAUCACAAUUUCCUUGUGGGUGAAAUUCACUGACCUUUUUUCCAAAUCACAAUGUUUAGUUUCCUGUACCUUCAAAUACACUAAAUGAUUGCAUGUUUUGAACUUACUUGAAUGUAAAGUUUCCAUUUUUUCCCAAAGAAUCUAGUUUUGUAAUUUUAAGCAAUAAAUGCAAGCUUGGUUCCCUGAAUUAAGGGAAGGUGUUUUGAAUGUAAUCCGGCUUAACGUCUGUUACUGAUGCUCCUAUUUGCUGCUUUGGAAAUG